AGCUUUUGAAAAACAAAUAUAGCAAGGUCUUGUCCAGUGAAGAUUCAAGUGAAAUGGCUACCGACUCGAAAAUGAAGUUUGCCAACCUGCUUCUGCGGGGUUGUUUCAGGGCGUUCUGCCUUGUCGGUGCAGUAUUGCUGCAUAGCGGAGGAGGAAUGGCGGCUAUUGGCGGUAGCGCAGUCACGCUAGCUGCCAUGGAAAGAUCGGAAGAUGCCGACGCAAUGCUCACAAUCGUAGCAGCGUUCAGUGGCGAGGAGAUAGCCGAAGUCAAAUACCAGCCUGGUAUCAGCAGCGAGACCUUAGAACAGCUUGCAGGACAGAGUUCCACCCGUCACCCGACAAUUUCAAGAUAUUACCAGCAGAACCUGGGGCCGGCGUGUAGCCGCUAGGCCUGGAUGACGUGAUAGAUUUGCAGAAGCAUGGAAGGACCUUCACGUUUGUCUGUUUUUCUUCUGCGCUGAAGCAGCUUUUGCGAGUCAACCUCGCUCAGCUUCUGCACCCAGAUACUCGGCAAAGUUGGGAAUCCGAUAUGCUAGACCCGCACGUAGAAGAUGGGAGCCUCGCUUUGAGCGCCACUUUUGGCAAUCCUAUUGCACGGGGGUUCACAGCGGUGGUAGAGCAGCUUGUCGAGGAGAUGGCGAGCGAGUACGCAUUGGGAUUGGGGUCAGCAGGCCAGUAGCGGAUUCCUUGACGCUCGGGCUAACGAAAGAGUUGGAACAUGCUGCAUUGGUACUGCAGUCGCACAUUCCUGAAGGCGUGGUCGGUGAUGUCUCGAGCGAGCAUGCGUUCGACUUUCUCACGGAAUUGCCAUAUGAGGCGAAAGACUCCGUCCUCAGAAACUUCGCAGGUUAUGACUUGCAAUUACAUAGGAGCAGGGACGAUGCUGGCUUUUGGCUCAACGCGAGUUAUGACGGCCUCAGACUGCGGGCGACGCGUACACAAGAUCGCGUGUGUACCGUAGCAUUUUCUUUUGCGCCUGUCAUAAUGAUUAAUUUGCAACAUGGAGACAUGCUCCUGCGUGCUCGGGAGUCGGACAGAACGGAUUCAGACAGGCAUAUUCUUCGGGAUUAUCAACCGGUCCAGUUUGGACGAGCCUUUCUAUUCAGGAUCGAACUUGACUACAAAUUCUCGGGGUUGUGUGCAAAGAUCAGAGCAAUGUCAAUCCGUGAUGGAUAUUCAGUCUUCCAAUGGGUUUUACAUUCCACGGAAAUUGAGAAGCUGCCCCUUCCGGCCUUUGGGUCUAUUUAACUGAUUCGCCUGAACAAGAAGGCCACUCGAAAGCGAAGAGAGCAUCGAUAUUGGAGCCCUUGUUGUGGCGAACCAACAUGCAGUACAGUGGGCAGUACCUUGUUUUCUACACGAGCGUUCUCACGAACAAUUAGAACUGGAGUAUUUUUCCUGCUGUCGUUUUGCAGACUGCAGUUUCCUUACAUGAAGAAAUCGUUGUUACACGAUAGUGCAGAAUAUCUUUUUGUUUAGGGGAAACCGAGCGCAAUAAAUGCGACAAGAAAAUAAUUUUGGGAGGUAGAAACCGAUGAAGCAAAUACAAUAUUUGGGGGAUUAUUGUGGACUCCAUCUGUGACAUACCGGAGAUGAAACUUCUUGUAAGACGAAAAGUUACGGCGGAUCGAACUGUCACAGUUAUCUUGCAUUAAAUCCACAAACGAGACCCUCAAAGAAGGCGACAGACGAAUGUUGUAAUGAUCAGAGCAGCAUCCACCAGUUUUCUAGGAAU